UGUGACUAUAUUGUGACUCAGGGUGGGCCUUUCCCAGUGGGUUUAUGUUAAACUUGUUCGUGUAUAAAUUAAGUUUUCUGCGCAUAUACUAGUUUUGCUUUGGUUUAACUGGGAGAUAUCUUCGUUAAAGUCCGUCAUACUUUGUUUUGUUGUUGUAAUAAGGCCGUAAGGAUGUCGCUGUACCCUUCUCUGGAGGACAUGAAGGUGGACACGAUGGCGCGGGCCCAGAUGGCCCAGCAUCAGGAUCCACCACCCUACACUCACAACCACCUGCCAGUGGCAGCUGCCCCAUCCGCCCCUGCCCCAACUGGCCACUUCUACCCCUCCUUGGGAGAAUACAUGGGCCUUGAGUUCUCUGAAAGUGUCAUAGCCGCGAAUAUGCCAGAAUAUAGAGUGCAAACCGUUCAAUCUGGAGGUGCAGUAAGCAACCUGAUAGCUCCCCUAUCAUCUCAGUCAGUGUCCCUACAGAAAGCUACUGUAACCAAUGCCAUAAGGCAUGUGGUUCUCUGCAAAGAUGCAGAUGGCAAGUGUGGGGUCCGCCUGCAUUCUGUCAACAGUGGCGUGUUUGUGUGCUAUGUUGCUGCUGGAAGCCCUGCAGCUCUGGCCGGGCUCAGGUUCGGAGACCAAGUGCUGGAAAUUAAUGAUGUAGCACUUGCUGGCUUGACCAUGGAGAAGUGCCAUGAGUUGUUGCGAAAGGCGCCAGUUAAUGGAAUCACUAUGGCAGUGCGGGACAGGCCUUUUGAGAGGACUAUUACCCUGCACAAAGACUCCAUUGGACAUGUGGGCUUCCACUUCAAAGACGGAAAGGUUGUCGGUCUAGUAAAGGAUUCAUCUGCAGCCCGUAACGGAAUGCUGACCGACCAUCAGUUAAUGGAAGUGAACACAAUCAAUGUUGUUGAAAUGAAAGAUAAAGAGAUAUCAAAAGUCAUUGAUAACAGCCCGUCUGUUGUAAACAUUACAAUUAUUCCACACUAUAUUUACAAGCACAUGAUAAGCAAGAUGUCUUCGUCACUGUUCAAGGAGCUUGACCGUACACCAGCUGUCUAAGUAAAGUUAUUUUUUACACAAAUUAUCUUAUAUUUAAGGCUCAACUAUACAUGCAUUUCUUUA